AUGGCUACCCAACUGGGAGCUGCUCCUGCAAGUCAAUACGGCAUGACCUUGGAACAGUGUGCUCGUAAAGUCGAGCGAACCGUUGGCGAGUUUGACUCGUUCAAAGAGGGCGUCGGCAGGCUGCAUUCGCGGGUGCUGCAGUCGGAGGAAGCUCUGAAGAAAAUUGAGUCUAAAACUGGGAAGUACUCCUCCCGUGAAGCCAACUACGCCGCUGAGCUCACUAAGCUCUUUUCUCUCGAGCAAGAGGUGAAGACCAGGUAUCGUGAUCUCGAUACGAAGUCUCUAAUGCAGUCGGAUAAACUGCUGAGCAUGAGUAGUAUCCUUCGUGCUGCGCUGAGUAAGAUGCAAGCAAUACACGACCAUGUCAGCCAAGUUAUCACCUCGGUGGGCCAAGCGGAAUCGAGCAUGUAUCAAUGGGCAUACAAUGUGACCAGCAAAGUGAAUUACCACACGACGCAGAUAGUCACUUUGGCUCAGAAUUUGGAGUUCCGAAUUACACAGUCGAAGGGUAUGGAGACUGAGGCACGGAGAUUGAUGGCAUUGUAUCAGAAGCGUAAUCAGUUAGCAUCGUUGUUCUAG